AGUCUUUUGAGUCUUUCCUCGAAUCAAAUGCUGUCUGCUGCCACCGCGUUAGUCACUAUGGCAGUGUUAGCUGGUUAUGGUGUCGUCAUCGGUGUUGAUGCCUCUCUCAAGCCUGGGAAAUACUGCGCCUACCAAGAUGUGUUUAGUCCUACACCUGGAAUGAUGCUCAGGGGGUGCAUGUUCUUCCAAUACGACUCUCCUGGGGAGGCUAUCGUGGGUUACAACUAUUUCGGAAUCCAUUAUUACGCUUUUCGGUACGAUAGCGCCGUUAUCAAGGAGAACACUUUCAUCUUGAAACGUUUUGGACGUAGUGAGGGUCCUGAGAUAUAUCCUUACUACGAAGUUGGCUUCGAUCUGAAGGUGUCACCGGGGUCGGCCGAGGUUGUCCAGAUGGUCUCUAAGAAGGGUGAUUAUGUUCACAAUCUAACAAUGACGGCCUGCGAGAAUCCGACCAAAUACGAUGCCGCUUGUGUCGCCAUCCCUUAUGCAGUGUCGGCUCCCGACGGUUCCCUCACAUCGGACGAGGAGACGCCUACAGGGUUAUAUGACAACCGGAUCGGGCCACAUGAUGUCAGCACUUAUUUCAGAGCGAAAGAUUCACUGGCGCGCACUUCUUUUAGAGACUGGCGCAGUCCGCUAGGUCAGAGUUCCGCAAUAUAUAACUCAGGCGCUAGCCCCAUGAAGUUGAGUAAGGCACGUUGUGGAGAGCUUAUACAGCUCGACAAUCUCUACGUCAACAAGACGAAGCAGUUCGUUAACGUCCCUGCACAGUGGCUCUACUUCUCGUACGACAACACGGUGGAAUUCGUCCCUAACAAUAAAUCAAAGCCCAGCGUGGUUCUGAUACACUUGCCGAAGGUAUCGAAGAAGUGAUGAUUAUUGGUGAUGUGGAGUGCAUCUGUUUUGCUUUCUCAUCUUAUUCUAUUAUAUAGCCAGCAGAACGUCAACAACUCGCUUUUACGGAUGUGAGCAACGACGGCUGCUUAUCCAGGGCAUCUAUCUUAUCUUUCGUAUUUUUCGAGAAACAAUAAGACGACAUUACUACAAGAUAUGGGUUUUCCUAUAGACAGACAUCAUCUGUGACGCCGCGUCCAAUAUUUUUAUUGAGAUUUUAAUCUUUGGUCAAUCUCGUCGCUACAAAUACGAUACAAGUAUGGUUGCUCCGACCUAAGGUCGAGCAUUAGUUAUGACGCAAAGGUUGGAGACAUGAAUCAUCAUUCAUAUCAUCAUUUGAGUUGAAGUACCUCAGUGGUUGGCCAUGGGGACAUCAUCAUAGGAUGUGGAGGUAAGCUCACGUCACCAACUCCAAGAAGAGAUGCAGUUGAAAGUGCAAGUGUAGACUCCGACGUGGUUGUUCACUAUUGCUCCCUCUCUGCGAGAAUGACUUCACUCUCGAAAUCUCACAUUUUCAAAUUUCUUUCGCAAAUUCUUAUUACGUGCUCUUAUACGUUCAGCAUGUG